UAAUCUGUUUUAUGACCCGUGCAAUUAUCAUUUGAUGAUUUUCCUCUUUCUUUCUCUGUCAUAACUCAACCGCCGCCCGCUUUGCCUUCCCCCCGACCGUUUGAAGACGAUGACCCUGGAAAUCGCUGCCCGGGCCAAUCACUCGUCAUUCUGCAUUUAGAGGGCCUUCACGGUCGCUCUCGAGGACCCGAUCCUCCCUUUCUCCACCGCGAUGUCCUCCUGCCGAGGGUUUGGCCACCUGCGGCCCUGGGUCCUGUUGGUCGCAUUCACCCUACUACAAUGCGGCUCGGCCCAAUUCUGUUCCUUUUGGAAUAACGGCUGUAUCGACCCGCUGGCCCAGACCGCGGUGGCGUUCAGCUUCCCACCUCUAUUCCUCGACCCAAUUACCUUGUUUUACUCCUUCGACUCCAGCUCAUCCGGCAAAGGCGAGGGCCCUAUGACCAAGACGGCAUUCUGGCUCGGAUAUCAGGAUCAUAACAUUAACCCUCAAGUCGUCGACACGAACCGUACCUCCGAGAUUGCUUUACGAGUAGGAAACAUGACAGGCACACCAACAGGACCAAAUAAUGGAUGCGAUGGUAUCUGGGGUGGACGUUGUUCUCACGAUAUCAAGACUUCGUUGCAAGCGACCAUGUUUCAACUUGCGACAUCGGGCGAUUAUUAUAACCAACCAUUAGCGACAGCUCUGGAUCAAUUCAUGAUGACUCCACCAGAGCUACCCUCUUGCGGUGCACCCGUAUUCGAUGUCGCCGCCAUUCCUGUACAAGACUUUGCGUAUGAGCAGGCUCCCUCUCAAGAGGUCACCGUAAUGAAGCCUGGAUCAAGUCAUCACCCUUGGCAGGUGUGGUACCUUGAUCGCAUGACUGAUAUCCAACAAGCCUCGCAGGUCGCGGUUGGGAUUGUCAGUCGUUCUCCCAGCUUUGAUAGCCAUCCGCCGCUCAGCCCCGAUGAUAUCCAAAUCGAGCUCGUCUGUCUUCAGGCACCCCAAGGCCCACCCACAGGAUCAGGUUCUUCUGAGGACCACGAUUGA